CAUUAACAGCGCGUUUUCUUUUUUUUUUCAUUGAUACCGGAAUUUUCACUUGGGAAAUUGCAAUUUUGUUUGUAAACAAUAAAGUUUUUUAUAAAUUUAUCCAUUUAAAUAAAAUUUAAAAAUGUUUUACCACAUCUCUCUUGAACAUGAGAUUUUAUUGCAUCCACGUUACUUCGGACCCCAGCUAUUGGAGACUGUUAAACAAAAAUUAUAUACUGAAGUUGAGGGUACUUGUACGGGAAAGUAUGGUUUCGUUAUAGCAGUCACAACAAUUGAUCAAAUUGGCGCUGGCGUGAUACAACCUGGCCAGGGAUUUGUAGUGUAUCCGGUGAAAUACAAAGCCAUUGUAUUUCGACCAUUCAAGGGUGAGGUUUUAGAUGCGGUCGUCAAACAAAUCAACAAAGUUGGCAUGUUUGCUGAAAUCGGACCUCUAUCAUGUUUCAUAUCACAUCAUUCCAUUCCCGCUGAUAUGCAAUUUUGCCCCAAUGGAAAUCCGCCUUGCUAUAAAUCCAAAGAUGAAGAUGUGGUUAUAUCGGGCGAAGAUAAAAUCCGCUUAAAAAUUGUUGGUACUCGUGUGGAUGCAACAGGCAUUUUUGCAAUUGGUACUUUGAUGGAUGAUUAUUUGGGUUUAGUUGGCAGUUAAUUUUAUAUAGUCUUGACGAAAAGUGAACAUAUUUUAACAUUAAUUUAUAUUAUGGUAAUAGAUUUAAUACAAACAUUAAAAA